ACCUGCAAUCAAAAUAACCCAUAAAACCCAACCCUAAAUCUCUCUCAACUCUCAAAGUUUACUGCCGCCCUCCCCUCCCCCAUUCGGCCUCUACGUCACUCGUCUGGUGCGCCUCCCGCCGAUCGUGCUCCACGCUGUCAACGUCGUUUCUGCGUUCGGUUCCUGCUCUUCUCCGCCGCUUCCUCUGCUCCAGUCUUGCUGUCCGGUGCUGCUCCUCGCCGCGUCCUCGGUCACUGCAGCUUGAAGAAAUGAUGUGGGCAAGUGUAAGGCGAAAAGUUCUCUCUGGCAGCUCUACUACUUAUUUGGUAGAGGAGAAUAUGCGAUUAAGGACUGAACUUCAGAAAAAAAUUCAGGAACUUGAAAAAUACAGGCUUUCUGGAGCAUCUUUGCUAAUACUAGCAAAUAAGCAAGACCUAAAAGGUGCUCUUACACCAGAUGAAAUUGCUAAGGUGUGUUUGUUUCAGCAGCUAUAAAUCAGUCAUCAGGUACUAAACCUGGAGAAUAUGGAUAAAACCAGGCAUUGGAAAAUCGUGGGCUGUAGCGCAUACAUAGGGGAGGGGCUGCUUGAGAGAUUUGAUUGGUUGGUUCAGGACAUGAUGAUACCUUAGGAUCUAGUCAACAUUAAGCAAUAGAGUUAGUUUUUUUUUAUUGGCCCUCUCAGAGAACUGAUUAAGGUCCAUUUGUACUGUUUUAUUAACUAUCUUAUUGUUGUGGAAUUUAGUCAAGCUGUGAAUUCGACAAAAAAAGAAAAAAGUCAAGCUGUGAAACUUUUUGGGUCAAUAGUAUUAUUAAAACUUUCAA